AUGGCGAUCAUGAGUUGGAGGCCCAAUGUCUUUCUCUGUCUGUCAUUGCUAUCCCUAACCACGACUUUAGCUGUCACAACGAAACCUCAAAAAUUGGGUACUAGACUCAUUCACUAUGACUCUGUAUACUCUCCAUACUACAACUCUACUGCAACCACUGCGGAUCGUUUUAGACAUGCAAUACAGAAGUCUAGGAAACGUCUAGCCUACUUAGAAGCAAGAGCUUCAUAUUUUGCCGCUAGCGAUGAUGCUCGAGCAGGCUUGGUUGCAGAUGAGACUGGAGUUCAAUUCAUGGCCAAUUUCUCCAUCGGAACGCCUCCGAUUCCGCAGCUGUUGACAAUAGACACAGCAAGCGAUCUUAUGUGGGUUCAAUGCCAACCUUGCAUAAGUUGUUUUUAUCAACAUAGUCUAAUUUUUGAUCCUUCAAAGUCAUCUACUUAUGCGAACUUGUCAUGUAACUCACCUUCAUGUUCUGUUUCUCCUAGUGACAAGUGUGACUCUUUGAACAAUUGUAAGUUCUCCCUUGCCUACAAAGAUGGAACAAAGUCGGCUGGAAUUAUGGGCACUGAGAAGCUGACUUUUCAGACCAACGAUGAGGGUGAAACAACUAUUGAUGAUAUGGUUUUUGGGUGCGGACAUGACAAUGAUGGUUUGUUUAGACAACCUAGUGGAACACUUGGUUUAAGUCCUGAUAGUAUUUCAUUGGUUUCAAAAUUGGGCUCUAAAUUUUCUUACUGUGUUGGUAGCAUAAGAGACCCUAAUUAUAGUUUUAACCAAUUAAAUCUAGGAGAUGGAGUAAUAAUCGAAGGUGCUUCGACUCCUCUGGAAUUGUUCAAUAAUUUGUAUUAUGUUACACUUCAAGGAAUUAGUAUUGCAGAAAAUAUGCUCAACAUUGAUCCACAAGUCUUCAAGAGGACGCCGUCCGGUACUGGCGGGGUUAUUAUUGAUUCAGGAUCAACAAUCACCUUCCUUUCUACUGAUGCAUAUGACUCAUUAAGUGAUCAAGUGAAGAAUUUGCUAGAUGGGAAGUUGGAACGCGUUAGCGAUAACGAUGAUCCAAAGGCAUUAUGCUACGAGGGAGACAUCGAAAAGGAUCUCUCAGGAUUCCCGGUGGUUACAUUUCACUUUGCGGGAGGAGCUGAGUUAGGGUUAGAGAUUGGAAGUAUGUUCAUAGAGCAUGGCUUAGGUAGAUUUUGCAUGGCUGUGAAAGGAUCUGAUCUUAAUGGUUCUAAUGGUUUGAGUGUCAUUGGAAUAAUGGCUCAACAAAACUAUAAUGUUGCCUUUGACCUUAUUGGAAAGGCAGUUUAUUUUCAGAUGAUUGAUUGUCAACUUCUUGAAGAGUAA